AAAAAAAAGAAUGAAAAAGAUGAUGAUGAUGAUAAUAAAACUAAUGAUACGAGUUCUGCUAUUAUUACUCCUGGUAGUGACCAUUUUCUAUCUCAAAAUAAUAAUAUUCAAGAUAAUCAAAAUACUCAAAAUUCUCAAAAUUCGGCACAAUUUUCAUUUACGAAUUCGAUUAAUACUAGUCAAACUAGUUCUAAUAGAGGCAGUGAUGGAUUGGAUGGCAUGUAUUAUGAUAGACAUUCACCUCAAAUGGCACCUCAAAUGGCACAAAUGAAUAAAAAAGUUCGAAGAGGGAGCGGACAACAAUACUAUCAAAAUUAUAGUAAUUAUAGCAGUAAUAAUGGUUAUGAUGCUAGUAGUGGUCGUGGUAGCGGUAGCGGUAGCGGUGGUUAUAAUAAUAAUAAUAAUGUAUAUAACGAAUUUAUUGGUUAUAACAUUCCAUUACAACAACGGUAUUCACCUAAUCAACCACAAAUAGUACAAAAUGAUGUAUAUUCCGGUGUGGUCCCACAACAUGGCUUCAUUCCUCAACAAGGAUAUUAUCCACAUCAAGAUCCUAUAUCAACUUAUAAUGAACAUGAUCAACCACCUGUUCCUUUUUAUCAUUCUUCAAACGCUAACAUGAAUGCUGCUUCUUCAUAUUCACCUUAUAUUAAUCCUUCACAUUCACCAACUUAUAAUUCCCCAUAUUUUCCUCCCAAUCCUCCCAAUCCUCCUUCACAUACUCCUCCAUUUUAUAAUCCUUCGUAUACUCCCCCAUAUAAUACUUCAUAUUCCCCUUCUUCACACUCUCCACCGUUUCCUUUUAAUAAUCCUUCACCUACUCAAUUAAAUAUCAAUGAUUCUAAUAGAAAUAGCCCACAUAGUAAUGAUUCUACAAAUAUUCCUCCCAGCAGUGAUUUUAAUAGUAGUAACAGAAGAGAUAGCUCUAAUCCUACGAUUUCUAGAUCUGGAAGUUUCGUUGAUAGAAUAAGAAGAAUUGGUAGUGGUAGAAGAAAUAGAAAUUCUUCUAAUACUACAACUACUACUAAUAAUACCACGAGUAGUAGAAGUAGUUAUACUAGAAGCGGAUUAAUCAAUACACGCAGUAAUGAUUAUACUUACAAUUACGGUGAUUAUCGAGAGAGGAGGUAGUUAUUAAAAAGGAAAAAAUAGAAUUAAUUUACGUAUAGAUAUUAACUUACUGUAGAACAGUAUUAUAAAUAAAUGAGGG